CGUGCUAUGGGACCAACACCGGCGUAACAAACCAAGGAGACCCCAAGUACAGGUACGAGCGGUACCGCAAAACCUACACCAACUGCACCUACCUGGCCGGCAAUCUGGAGAUUGUCUUCCUGGACGAGCCAAACGUCGAUUACGAUCUCAGCUUUCUCUCCCAAAUCCGGGAGGUUACAGGCUACGUGCUACUCGUGGGCAACGUGGUGGAGUCCAUCCCUCUGACCAGCCUGCGGAUCAUCCGAGGCUCCCCUCAGUUCUACCAUGACAAGUCGGGCGAACAUUACAGUCUCUUCGUGGCCCUCAACUUUGAGAAGGGCGGCCGCAGGGGUCUCCGAGAGCUCCGCUUUACCAACUUGACGGAGAUCAUCAAGGGCAAGGUGUUCUUCCAGGACAACGACUACCUGUGCUUCGAGAACACCAUCAACUGGACGGACAUCAACCCUCGGGAGAAGCCGCCGGUUGUCAUAAAGACCAGCAAGUCUGCCGUGUCGCCCACUGACUGCGUGCAAGAACUACCUGGACGACGAAGGCUGUGUGGCGUUUUGCCCUCAGGCCACCAAAUACGACGCAGCCACCAUGAUGAACAUAGACAACCCGGACGUGAAGUACGCCUUCGGUUCUGUGUGCGUCAAGGAGUGCCCUGUGAAGGACAACGGCCACUGUGUGCGGGCCUGCAGCGCCGGGAAACACGCCGAGGACGGCGUGCACUGCAAGCCUUGUAAAGGACCCUGCCCCAAGCCAUGUAAUGGCACGUCCCCCGGUUUCCUCAACUCCAAAAUUAUCAAAGACUUUGAAGGGUGCACCACGGUACAGGGCGACUUGAGAAUUUUGAGCACAACAUUUGAAAGAGACGACUACUUCAACAUCGACCCACUGCACCCCCACAACCUGACCAUGCUGAGCCAUGUGAAGGAGAUCACCGGCUACCUCCUCAUCCAGUCCAACCACGAACACUUCACCAAUCUCAGCUUCCUCUCCAGUCUAGAAGUCAUUCAUGGAAGAACGACUACCCAGAAUGGCCACAGUCUUGACAUCAUAUCCACCCCUUUAACUUCCCUGGAGCUCACUUCUCUCAAGUCGGUGCGCAACGGAGACGUUCUUAUCUUUGGCAAUGAAAAACUUUGUUAUGUGGAUACCCUCAACUGGAAGAAGAUCUUUAACCAUAAAGAUCAAAAGGCGAUAUUGAAGCAUAACAAGCUACAGGAAGACUGUGAGAAAAAUGGGGAGGUCUGCGAUCCCCAGUGCGGGACAUCAGGCUGCUGGGGUAAGGGACCCAACAAGUGCCUGAGUUGUGCCAACUACGUGUACGAGGACAAGUCUCUCUGCCUGAACCGCUGCCAGGACUUUCCCAGGCUGUACCACAAGAGUGAUGGAAAGUGUGCACAGUGCCAUGAGGAGUGUGCCAACACGUGCCAUGGGCCUAACAACACGGACUGUGACAAGUGUGCUAACGUCAUCAUGCGCAAUCUGGAGAACGUGGACAGCUGUGAGCCCAUGUGUGGAGACAUCAUGUACCCAGAUGAGAACAAGAUCUGUCAACGAUGCCAUCCCUUCUGCGGCAGAAAUGGAUGCUCAGGACCGGAGCGGUUUGUGGGUCCCAACGGUUGCGAUUCCUGUGACAUUGGCACGCGGGAGACUGUGGACGGAGUUGUGGAGUGUCUAUCCCUUGACACAGAGAACUGCAAACCUGGAUACUUCAUGUCUCUGCAUGGAGCACCAAACAAGCAAGCUGUCUCCUUUAGGGUGUGUGAGAAAUGUCACGAACUAUGCACCACCUGCACGGGGCCCAACACGCGGUUCUGCUCUGAGUGCAAGUACCUGCGCAGUGGAGAGUUCUGCGUGAAGGAAUGCCCCAGCUUCUUCUACAGCGACCUGAGGUUCAAAGAAUGCAGAGAGUGCAGUGCCGAGUGCCGACGAGGCUGCUCAGGACCCACAACUGCGGACUGCUAUGCCUGCGCUAACUUCAAGAUCUACAUCGAUGCUGAGAAUAAAACAUUCAACUGCACACCAGAGUGUCCGAAGUCGCUUCCUUACACAGUGAAAGAUGAGGAAAGCGACGAGAAUCGCAUUGUGUGUGCUGAUAACACCCACCCGGAGCGAGUGGCGCUGUUGGAGAAAAACGCAGAGGAGGACAGGAAGGAACUCAUCAUCAUCCUCAGCUCCACUGUGCCUGGAGCCAUUCUCCUCAUGGUCAUCAUUGCUGUCAUUGGCUUCUUCUGCCACAAGCGGGCUCAGAACAACAUGAAGGCUGCCGAGUAUACUGCCAAGAUCACCGGAGUGGAGGAAAUAGAGCCAUUGACCCCUACAAAUGCCAAACCAGACCUGGCCAAAAUGAGAAUUAUCAAUGAAUCUGAGCUUCGAAAAGGCGCAAUCAUCGGCUCUGGUGCUUUUGGCACUGUGUACAAGGGUAUCUGGAUCCCGCAGGGAGAGAAUGUGAAGAUCCCCGUAGCCAUAAAAGUGCUGCAGGAAGGCACCUCUCCAAGCCAGUCAACAGAACUGUUGGAGGAGGCUCGGGUCAUGUGUAGCGUGGAGCACAUGUGCUGUGUGCGUAUCUUGGCCGUGUGCAUGAAGUCACAGAUGAUGCUGGUGACCCAGCUCAUGCCCCACGGGAACCUGUUGCAGUACGUACGGGCCAACACCCAGUACAUCGGCUCCAAGGCUCUUCUCAAUUGGUGCACCCAGAUAGCCAGGGGAAUGGCGUACCUGGAAGAGCGAGGCAUUGUUCAUCGUGACUUGGCAGCCAGAAAUGUCCUGCUUCAAACUCCAAACCAAGUGAAGAUCACAGAUUUUGGUCUCGCGAAAUUGUUAGACAGUGGGUCUGAGGAAUAUCACUCACAGGGCGGACUGAUGCCUAUCAAAUGGCUUGCCCUUGAAUGCAUCAUGCACAGAAUUUUCACUCAUAAAAGCGAUGUCUGGAGUUUUGGUAUCACAGUGUGGGAGCUGUUCACUCUGGGCAAGCGUCCGUACGAAGGUGUGCGUACCAAAGAUGUCCCCAUUUUGCUUGAGAAGGGGGAGCGACUCCAGCAGCCCAUCAUUUGUACCAUCGACGUUUACAUGAUUAUGGUCAAAUGCUGGAUGUUAGAUGCAGACUCGAGGCCGUCCUUCAAGGAACUUGUGGACGAGUUUGCCAAAAUGUCCAGGGAUCCAGGCCGUUACCUGGUCAUAGAGGGAGACGACCAUCGUAGGUUCCCAGAGUCGGCCCUCUCUGGCUCCGACCUUGACCUGGAAACCAUGGACGGGGCACCCCUAGCCCCGCCCACCGCAGAGGGCGACUCUUUGAUGCGACUGCCCAGCAUCUCCUAUGACAAAAAUGACCUGGUCCACGGAAUUACAGAUGGGCCAGAGAGUGUCAUGGAAGCCGAAGAAUAUCUGCAGCCAGUGGCCACAGAAGGACACAGGAACCACAGACCUGGCUCCUUGCCUCGGUCACCAGACAGACAAUUGAGCAAUAUGUCCACGUCGUCCGCGUCACGGAUGAUGGGCGACCACCACAUGCACCACCAGGGCUACCCCGGCCACCAUCACAUGCACUCGCCCAGCGGCGGCAAAUCUGACAUGAAAGGUCAUCGUGAUGGACAGAAAGUGAGGGAGAAGAAGUACGGUCAUCUGACGGCAGCAGCGCGGGCCAAACAAGAGAGGGAGGCACCGCGCACCCGAGGUAACAGCGUCAGCUCCAGAUACAGCUCUGACCCUAUCAAGUUCACCAAGGACAAAGAGGAGAUUGAGUGGGGUCAUGAUGGGACGGACAGUGUGUUCACCAACUAUCCCGAUGGCCACAGCCGCUUCGGAGAGCCAGAUUCUCCCAAGAUGGCGUACGGGGUGAACCCCGCGAUAAUGCUGCCGGUGGACAAAGAUGACUACCUUCAGCCGGGCGCCGCCGCCCAGUCUCUUGCUUACCUGGACUUGGAGGGAUCAGGCUACUACCAGAACGAGAAGGAAGUGAUGGCAGAUGCAGAGGAUCCUUUUGUCGAGGAGACGGACCAGAUGUUGUCGGCAUCAGGAGCGGUGUCGCCCUCACAUCCUCUGAAACCAGUCAGUGACCCGCGACAUGCUUACCGCAACCAGCCUCCCGAACCCGCCAAGGGAGUUUUCUCCGUCGCCAAUCCAGACUACUUUGACGAUGACAGCGAAAUCUGGAAGCCGAAAGGACACAUGCGUAAUGGCUACCACCCCGUCCCCAACAACUCAACGUCCCCCGUGCAUUCGAUCAGUGACAGAGACAGUGAGCACCCAUACUACCGCAGCAUGAACGGGGGCAUGCAUGGUAACGGUGGGAUGCACGGCAACCACUCGCCCAAAGUGAACACAACUGUGAAGCUCCACGGAGUGCGGUUAGAUAGCACGGAGUCGAAAAUCUAACUGUGCUUCUUUGUUGGUCAGUGCAAGAGUUGUUUAGGGGCGUGUAGGGGGAUGGGGAAUGCAGGUGCUUGUAUGGUAUGUCCCAUACAAGAAGAUGAAAGAAAUGGGGAAGAGAGGUAACAGGGGGUGAGGAGAGUACGGGGGAGGAAUAUGGAUGCUCAUAUAAUGUACUCCGCAGUUAGAGAGAGAAAAGAGAUGAGCUUGUGUUGGUGGAUAUGUGGAGAGGGAUACGUGGAUGGUUGUAUCAUUCAGGAUACAUACCACACUGAGAAAGGAGAGAUUGACAAGUGCAGGCCAUUACCUCCCUGUGGCCCUGCUGCUCCUUCUGCUGCCUGCUUAAGUGAACUGUUCCUCAUUGCUGGAGUUUUUAGGAAACAGUUACACUCUGGUCUUUGCCAUAUCAUUUCAUAUUCGAUGCUUUCUUCGAUUGACGUGUCCCUCAAUCACACCCUCUCAAAGUGAGACUGGAUCAUGAGAUAAAGCUGAGAAAUGGCCGCACUCUCCCUGGAUUCUCAACAGUUGUACACUGCUGGCAACUCGUGACACUGAUAUACCACUGAAAGUAGCCUGGACAUUAACAAUACAGUCACACAGUACCAGUGUUUUCACAGAAACGCUCUUCAAAUUUUGCUCAUGAAAUGUGAAUUCAUCAGUGUUUUGAGAGGGACGAAAUCACUUAAUGAACUUCAUGUUCACUGAAAGACAGCUCUGUUACCACAGAGGGAUAUGUUGUAUUGACCAGUAUAUUGCAUGUUCUGAAAUAUCUGCAUGAUAUAUUCAAAAUAUCUGUACAUGUUGAUGUAUAAUGUUUAUGCAAUGUUUUGCUGUACUCAUAGUUUAUCAUUUUGCGUGGCCGCUUUCUUUAGGAGAGUUAAAAAAACCCACCUUAGACAGACCAAAAUUUGUCCCUGGAUUUUCAUUACAGUAAAGCUUUAUAAGAAAUGCCGCUGAAUCAUGACACGAACGUGAAAUCAGGAUUAGCAAGUCUUUGACUUUUGUAAAAUUCAGAUUGUCGUCUACAGCGAGGUCAUUUUGUUUUCACAACAGUUGUCCCAGUGUGAGUAAAAGUACUUCUGUGACCCCGCGGUGUCUGUGGUGUAGGAUAUCAUUUUAGAUUGAGUAGCUGAUUUUGUCUUUGGCAAAGACUGACUGUGAUGGGCCGAGUUUUAUCCAGUGACAGCAAUAAGAUAUACUUGCCCCCAGUGUUGUCCUGCUGGCAAAGAAUGAAGUGAUCCCAGCUGAUAUCAGUAUUUGAUGUGCCAGUCAUACACAGUACGAAAUUGGAAGGAAUGGACAAAUUCUCGAUAGGCUGCAACACUCCUGUAAAAUGUUUUCCCUAUACAGUUGAGAGACUAUGAUGUGGAUAGAAUAAUUAGUUUUGCAAAGCAGUUCUUUUGAAUUAAAAGUUUUACUAUAUAGAAUAAGCUUUAAUUUGCGCACAGUGAUGUGAACAAGAAAGCUAAUAUGUUUAUCUACAGAAGUGUUGCAUUGUUAUGAGUUUAUGAGAACUGAACUUGUCCAAAAAAGGCUGAAACAGGAAGGAACUCUUAGGAACAUUUUUUUUCUGGUCUGUCAAGGCUCAAUGUUUUUUCUACACUCGCGCAAGGGGCCACAAGAGAUUCCUAUAUAUCAUUUCAUAUUUUUUGCUGCUGAUGAUAAUAUCGCUGAAUCUGUAAUAUUUAUAAAAGUGAUAGUAUGGCCUUUUUUGUCUUGCAUCAAACUAAAAAUUAUAUAAUUGUACUGCCGAGGGAACUCAAACGAAGACUGAAAAAAUAUUUGUGCAUCAUGUGAAAGUUGUUGAUGUUACACAACAUGCUAUGAACUCCAUCACCUCUGACAUAAAUGGCACUAUAUAUUGUUAAUAUCCAGUAAGAAUGGGAUGAAGGUCAAUUUGAACUUAUCCUUGAAAGUUGUGGCCAGUGAGGAAAUGGAAACUGUGGCUUGAGAGGUUUGGCUUGCAUGAAGCUUCUGUUACACAUUUAGACAAGUUUUUUUGGUAGUGUUUAGAGCUUGGUUUCAUGAUUCUGAUGAUAUGAAUCACUUUCCCAAACUGUUGAUUGUAAUUAAGGAAGACAAGAUUUGGUUGAUCAUCUGAGAAAUGACUUCACUGUGGUCCAGAGUCCUAUACGACACUAGACAAGGAAUCAAAAAGCUUACAACUGGUUCAUUGAAGCUUUUGUUGUGCUUUAAAAUCCAGCUGAUGAAUACCUUUUGCUGAUUUGUUCUUAGGAAGCUGUAAAGAACUGAUUAACUGAAAUCAAUUUUUACUUUAAUUCCUUAUUUCUGACAAGCAACUCCCAGUGGCUUGCUGUUGGAACCACUGUGCUGAUGUUCCACUGUCAGCAUCUCUGUCAAAUUCCUCUACAACAAAGACAUUUUAUUAAUUUUCAUCAGUUGCCGAAAAUAGCUCUUUUUUUAACCUGGAGUGUUUUCAUUAGAUGUAAAACUUUGAAAAUAGGCUCCUUUGUUUUGAUUUUAUGACCACUUUGGUGAGGUGUAUAUCACUCUCGCGUUUCAUACCAAAAGAGGGCUCUGGAAUAGUGGGGAAAAACCCUCCAGAGAUAAAGAGUUUAACCACUCUUUCAAAUUUUGUUUCUGAUGCAUUUGAUUUGAGUUUUUGUUUAGUUUCUUUUCUUGAAAUGCCUCAGCUAGUUCUUGGUGCAGUUUUGCAAUGCCAGCUGCUACUCUUUUAAGCAGAUGAAACGUGGAGUGAAUGUCUCUACCAAGCUUGACUGACUGUCUGUAUAUCUGUCUCAAUCCUAUGUUUACUAUCUUAUUUUACAGUUGCUCGCUACAGACGUACCUUGAAUUGUGUGAAAUUCCUGUUUUCUGUAUCGCUUCACUGGACCACAAGAUGCUUGUGUCAUGUGUCCCAUGACGUUUCCAAUACUAGUCACACUAUGGUUACAUCAUAGGCAGCUGUUGUUGAAUGGUUAGGCUCUUAAACUCUCAUACAAAGGAUGUGAGUUUAAUUCUCACAUGUAUGACAGAUCGGAUAAAAUAAGUUGACCAUCUGUCGUUCUGCUGAGGUGUUUUAUCUCAUGCUGCCCAGGUUGACCCUGACGGCCGGGGUCGAAACAGUCUGCCUCUUAAAUGAUAUUGAUCGACACUGUCAGUCGGGGGCAUUAAACAUAUAAGAUCAGUCAUAUUUACUCUGGAGUUAAACCAUCGGGUAAAAUUUUUUAGAACUAUGUCUCGUUGAGACCGCGUUGGUCACAUUAGGUCGGCAGCUCGCACAGUGACAGUAUUUGACCUGAGUGAUUACUUUUUUUUCAUUAGAUGAUCGUACGGAAAAAAAGGUCACAAAUUUUUAUGGAGAAUAUUUGGCCAUAUCUACACUGAUACCUCUUUUCUACUGUGCAGAAGUUGAAAUAAACCACUUUUUUAUCAUUUUUUCUUAGCUCUGUAUGAAAGAAAAUUCAGUCUGUGUUGUCCAGUGAAACGAACAAAAUGUUUUGCUUUCAUAUACCUUCAUUUUCAUAUACUUCCAGACUAAUAACGCGAUUUUAGAUUGUUAUGCGUUGUGAUCAUAUUUAUUUUAAUGAUAAGGAGUAAAGCAAUUAAAAUGAACAUUUGCUUCUACGUAAUUUUUUUAUGUACCUCAGAAGUCAUCCUGGGAUGAAAAUCGGAAAUCAGAUCAGUGGUCUCAACAAGUAUACAAGUUUGUUUUUUUAAGAUCACUUUAUGUCCCAAGUGUGAUAGGUUUUUUUUUUUUAAUACUGGUUAUAAUCGCACAAAUUGUUUAAACAGUAGAAAUGAGGAAAAUGUACUGCACUGGGUUAUGAACAAGUCGUAAGUAUGAAGUUUGGAUUUUUAGUUUGAUCAUGUUGAGUAUAAUAUAACAGAUAAUGUAUAAAUGUUUUUUACUUGCUAUAGCUCUUUAUUAGAGGAAUUAGUUUCCAUAUUUGCGACCCUGGUGCUACGAUAUGUCAUACACUUAUAAUUACAACAUAAAUUUGUAUUAUCCUGAGGUGUGGUAUCUUUUCAGUGCUCUCAGCAAAUCCACUUGUGCAAGCAGUUCAGUCAUGUACAUAAUAUAGUACUAACAGAUUGCAGUAGACGACAGUUUUCCUCUGCAAGAUGUUCUCAUGAAUAUGGGAAAUGAAAUCCUCGUGCAAGAAAGUGAAGAAGAGCAUGUCCUGACGCAGUUAGCUCAAUCAUGGUUUCACACACGAUAGGCAUCACAAGGAAGACUGAGGUUACGAAGAGGAAGACUGAGGUUACAAAGAGGAAGACUGAGGUUACAAAGAGGAAUGCCGAGGUUACAAAGGGGAAUACUGAGGUUACAAAGAGGAAUGCCGAGGUUACAAAGGGGAAUACUGAGGUUACAAAGAGGAAUACUGAUGUUUCAAAGAGAAAUACUGAGGUUACAAAGGGGAAUGCCGAGGUUACAAAGGGGAAUACUGAGGUUACAAAGAGGAAUACUGAGGUUACGAAGAGAAAUACUGAGGUUACGAAGAGAAAUACUGAGGUUACAAAGAGGAAUACUGAGGUUACAAAGAGGAAUACUGAGGUUACGAAGAGAAACACUGAGGUUACAAAGAGGAAUACUGAUGUUACAGUUGCUCUGUCAAACGUGAAGUAAUUGUGGUAACUAUAAGUACACUUAUUUUUUGCCAGUAUAAGUCAUUUUACCUGAUUGGACUUGUACUUUGUACUUAGUUUUCAUAGGAUGGAUUUGACAAAUGUGUUAUUGCAUAACUUGAUCGUUUGAUAAAUUAUGGCUCAAUUUACGAGUAAGGACACAAAGAACAAAUUAACAGUCCAUUGUUUUGUAGGAAAUAAUAUUGUUGGGAAAUGGUUUGUACAUAUUCUGCAGGGGUAGGUAGCCAAAGUGAAUCAAUACAGUCCUAGUUAUAUACAGCACCAAAAAAAAAUUGGCAAUUUCUCUCUUUGUGUAAUGGAUUAUAAUCAAUAUAUCAAGCUUACUUUUGGUGCUGCCUUCUUCAGAACAAACGAUCUUUACUUUAUGUUUUUUUUGGUUUUAAUUAACAAGAGACUUCUGUCUGAAGGAAUCAGUAAUAUUUUUCACCAGUUAAGAGUCUAUUGUCUUUCCACUAAAGGCACCACUAUCAGAUAUUAUAUGGUGCUUUCUAUAUUUUGGUACUUUUUUUGUAAGCUUACUCCAACAGUUAUAUAUUACAAAUUUCAAGGUUAAGACUUUUUUUUUUCGUUUUAGAGUUUUUACUAGUAGUAAAUUAUUUUGUAUGUGUAGGUAAACUUAAGGCAAACAUCUUUUUUAAAAAAACCCUCUAGAUUCUUGAUGGCAUAGUUUACUUCUGAAUUUUUUUUUCAUUGUUUUGGAAAUUGUUUUGUGGUGCUGACAAGUACUUUCUAGAAAUCUUAUUUGUCUAGAGUUCAUAUAAAAAGAACAACUGCUUUUCUAUUGGUCAAUGUAUUGAACAAUGUGGCUUUCCUUUUGUCUAUUAUAUUCUAAACGAGAAAGAAUUUAGACUGAGGUAGAGGAUAACUUUUCCAAUCUAAUACUUUUUGGACAAUAUGUACCGCACUUUCAAGGUGUCAGACCAAGUUUCAAAAAGUGUGUAAAUUUUUAUGAUUUAUACCAGAUUUAGCUCAGUUUUUGCAAACAAGGGAAUAGGUUUGAGUUCAGCUUUUAAGGUUGAAGCUGUGUGUCCCGUUGAUUGAAUGUCAUUGUUAUCAAUAUGAGUUACAAAAAUCUGGCCUAUAUCUGUCCACGCGUACCACUUUCUUCGUAUGAUGCCAAUGGACUCCCAACCACCCUAUGUAUAUAUAUUGAGCAGUCAGUUAUCGCCUUUGUGCCAAUUAGAACAACACCGUUGAAGAGCAUGCUUAUAUGUUCAUCAUUUUAUCAACCAUAUCUUACGUUGCCUCUUGCUGUUGUGAUUGUGACAUUGUUUUGCUUUCUAUUUAAAACAUUUUUUUUUAGUUCUUAACUAUUCAUGAUUGCUACAAAGACUGCCAAAAGAUGUUUGUAAAAGGUUUUGUUCAUAUUAUUCUGCUUGUCUAUUGGAUCCAAGAAAAGGUUUCUGCACAUGAUAAAUGUGCAAAUGUCUUUGUGGAAGUGCCUUUGGGUGGCCCUUUGAGUUUUCCUGGUGUCUGUGAUUCGUUCUGCUGUUGUUGUUUUUUUUGGGGGGGGUUUCUUACAUUAUAAGUGAGAGCAGUUUCUAGGGGCACUCAGUUGCUUACAAUGUGUGCAACAUUUAAAAUGCCUUUAAUCUUGGCAUGAUGGGGUAAUGUUCUUUACACAAGCAGUCUAUUGAUCAAUGAUAAAGACAUUCUGUGGGGUUUUAUACCCUCUUUCAGCACACUUAGGUUACCUUAGAGGCAGGAGCUGUGAUUAGACUUUGCUUGAACUGAUGUAGGAUUCAUGGUAGCAUUGUUCAGUUAUAUUGCCAUCCUUGACUAGAAAAGGAAGUUUUUAUGAACCCACAGAAGCGCCUUAGUGCUCAAAACGCAGGCUAGAUGGAAAGUGUUGAAACAUAAAUAAACACAAGUGAACAGCCCCACAUAUAGGUGAACUUUCCUGAGUGAUGUACACUUACAUGAUCACACAACUCUGCCAUUUAGUUUUGACCAUAAACUCAGCUGCCAGAAAAGGUUGUGUCCAAGUUUUGCAAUGUUCAUUAAUUAUUUCAUUCCUAAGUAGCAAUAAAUCAGCACCAUAUGUUCUGCUCAUCUGACUUCAUGAAUUGUAAUGUGAUAAGGUUUGCACAAAAAGGAUUCUGUAGUUGUGACCGAAGAACAUUCGAUGAAAGUAUUAAUUAAAUCAUAGGGUUACUACGAGGAAUAAGCUGCAAACAAACAUUUGUGGAGAGACAUUGCCUCUAAGAUGGUGCAAGCUGAGUUUAUGGGGACGUGGAACAUUAAUGAUCGGAAAAACUGUGACAAGUAUGGACUGAUAUACCUCCUGCUGCUCGCUUUUGUCAUAUCCUGCCCUGCCUGGCCGUGACUUUUGACAUUUUUCUUUAGUACUAAGCUGAUGUGAUAGGUUUAUGUGAGUCUUGCAAAUGGUGCCUGACAGUGUGUGAUGAGUGGGUCUGAUCGAAUGGUUCCAUUUUUUGACCAGUUGAAGUUUGAGAGAGGUUGACAUUGAUGUGGAUAUGAUGCUUCACAGUUUUGUAUGCGUGUGUACUUGUUUAUGAGUAUCGUGUAAGUGUGUGUGUGUGUGUGAGAGAGAGAAAGAGAGAGAGAGAGAGAGAGAGAAAGUUCAGGUGUAGUAGCUCCCAGAACCUUUAUGCACGAGAGCACAAGAAUAUAUAUGUAACUAUACUAGGAGGUUGAGAGUGAUAUGAUGGUACGUGCACUUCAUCCGUUUAAAAUGCUGAUAAUGGAUCUACAAUCUUCUUUUGAACCAAUUUACACUACAAGUAGCAUUGGGCACUCAGUAUUCAUACUUAUAUAUAUAUAUAUAUAAUAGCAUAGUUUAGUUGUGUACACUUGCUUCUGUAGCUUUCAGGAAACAUUUUUAGUUUUGUUGAGUUGUCCGGGGUUUUUUUAACUUCUGUCCCAACGUCAGAAGUUGACAUAUCCCUACGUAUGCUGAUGGAUUUUAUAAGGUAUGAAAAUUUUUGAGAAUUUCAUUAUGAAAUGAUUUGUUGAAAAUUGGAAUACUUCUUUUUCACUGAGCUGGCGUAGAAUGAAUAUAAUAUGCUUUGGCUGAUAUUAUUUUUGCAGACCUGUAUCAAUUUUUCAUUUCUUCAGCUUCAAAUCAGAUCAAAAAAGGGGGGAGGGAGGAAGUUUUUUUUUUUAUCUAGAAAAAAGAAAAAGAAACCAACCUUAUGAAAUUAUUGACAGUGUUUUCACCAUAGCAAUUCAUAGAUAUAGAAAUUGAAAUGACUGGACCAAAUCGCAUGUGCAGCUUCUCAAUCAUCAGGUGAUGCGAGGUCAUUUAUACCCUUUUUUUUUUCUCUCGUAAACAUGUAUUUAUAAGCACUUUGAAAUUGUGAAAGACUCUUGAUCUCCAGAGAUGCUGUGUGCUGUAAGACAUACGUCGGAGACAGUUUUUGCCUAUAACUACCAUUGACAGUUGUAGCGCCAUGUUGAUUGUGUCAGCAUCAUCGACCCCUGAUUAUUUUUAUUUUUGCUGAAUGUUCAUUUUAACUGAGACUUUGAGUGCAGGAUAACUUGUGAUUGUUCAAGGUCAAGUGAUAUUGUUGUGGAGUAUCUCUGUUGGUUUGUUACAAAAGGAUUAUGUACAAGUUAGACGUGUUGGAAAUUGGUUAUGUUGGGUGCUCGACUCUGCAUAAUGUGCAUGUUAUAUUAUUAUUAUUAUUAUUAUUAUAAUUAUUAUGAUGUCCAUAGGAAAUGAUGAAGCUCUAUCAAAUUUAUUCAUACCCAAAGUGAGUUCAUAGUUGUUGUUUGUAAUUAUGUAGAUACUUUUGUAUAUAUUUAUAUAUAUUAUAUGCUGUAAGAGGACUGCGUAUGAUAUGGAACAAUAUCUUUUAUGUUAUCCACAUUUUUACUAACGAUUUUGCUAAGACACAAAAACUUUUUUGUUUACAUGUUUUGAGAUGUCAUGUAUACUUUCACUUAAUGCUCCUUUAAGGCUUGCUUGAUACACCUAUUCUAUACAAAUCCUUUCAGUGCAUGUAAUAAAUUUAUCUAUGGUAAAUGAUGUAUGUUUAUCAUCACAAAUUCAUUCUCCAUUUUAUUUUGCUUAUAUGGUAGUGCAUAGAUUUCAUGAUUUAUAAGACAAAUCAUAGCUUGUUUCAGAGUAAAAUACCUUAUCAAUGAUAUGGUAGUGCAGGUUUUUAAAAUUUUUAAACAAGCUUAUAUUAUGUGGCAUUUGUAAGAUUUGAAGAAAAAAAUGACUUUUUGAAUACAUGGACAUGAAUGUAGCAGGACUAGCGAGGACCGGUUCUUGACUUUUUUUACUUUUUUACAAUACAUUUUUGGAUGGCCGCUGCACCAGAUUCAUGAUUUAAAUCAAAAGUUCACAGAAUAGUGAUGUUUUAUAUUUUCGGGAAAGAGAAAUUCUGAAAAUAUAAACUUCUAUUCUGGAAGAUCAAUACCAAUCAUAUGAAGGACCAUAAAGGUGAGGGCAGUUUUAUGAAAAGUUUAGCGCCUUUGAAUAAAGAGGGCUAAGCUUAACGUAUCAAAAUUCCCCCUCACUAGGCCCAGAAACCUGACAUUUAAGGUGUCUCUUCCACCCCAUUCAAUUGUUUUGAGUUUUUAUUGUCUCUUUUUAUUUUUGUGGAUCUUGGCAGUUGUUCUUGUUUUAGUUGUGUUUCCAGAUAACCAGCAUUCAUAUUGAAUUUCUUCAAAGAAUGUAAAUCACAUCUUUUGCACAUCAGUAUCAGUUUACAUUGAUUUAGUCCUUGCAACUUAGUUAGGCUUAUUUUUUCUUUUAUGAUUUUUGUUGGAUGAGAGGGAUCAGGAAACGUAACUGCUGUUGUUUUCAGGGAUCAGGAAACGUAACUGCUGUUGUUUUCUUACAAUUCUUUUGUUUUGCUUUUACUUGAGUUUGUAUUUGGUUUUCUUUGGGUUUUUCUGUACUUACCAAUUCAAGUGAUUUUACUGGUUCACCCAAAUCAUAACAACUGUGUGUGGAGAAAGCAAACACUGCUAGCUUGGAGGACUCCACUGUAAACACAGGAUCAAACCAAAGCAUCUGGCACUGAGAUUCAUUUUUAUUUUAAUAUUUUUACAACGCUGUAUCAACACUGCUACAAAUUACUCAUAUAUGACACCUUGCUCUUGUUUUGAGAGUGACUAUAUCCUUUAAUGCUCACUGAUUUGACUUCAGUUUGGUCUUUAAAUUAGUAUGAUUAAAACAGUGCGAUUGACAUAGAGAACAACGAGAUUCUUUUUAUAAUGUUUCUUAGGUGUCUCUACCUUUGUGUUUCAAUAUAUUGGGGUUUUUUUUACCUACAAAGUGAUGACAUGAAUAUGGUUGCCAAUCUUUGAAAGGCCACUGCCAUCCAUAUAUGUUUUGAUCUGCACACAGUGAGAGCUAGCUAUUUGUUUGUUACCUUCACGAAUGCAGAUUACAGUUCUUGUACUUUUUUUCUGACUUAUAAGGCACAAAUAUAAAUGACGAAUGUUUGUUUGCCUUCGAAGCAGACAUUUUAUUCCAAUCAAACGUCAGGAACAGAUGAUUCCGAUACUUGUGAAUCAACAAACGUGCCGAUCUUUAGUUAUCUUUUUGAAGUAAUACUUUCUUUGUAAAAAAGAACUUUUUUAUACAUGUUUUUUUUUUCUCUGGAUUAUUUUUUUUGUUUUGCUCAUGUAGUCAAAACAGAAUGACCCCAGAAAAAGAUGUUGCCCAAAAAGAAAGAGGAUAGUGGUAAAUUGUAAAGUAAAGAAGAGCAUUAGGCACUAAGAUAUUUACUGCCAAUAGAGAUAAGUCCUUGAUUGGAAGAAAGUUAAAUUGAAAGCAAAAGGAAAUAGAAUGAAAAAUAAGACAAAUAACAAGAGAUGUCAUAAACAUGCCAAGAUUUUUUUAAAAAUCAACUUGAAGGCUUUUAUUACAUAAGUUUCUUCGCAAGCUGUAACCUGCAAGAUAAAAUAAUGUUUUCCACCCAAAAAAAAAUUUCUUUUUUUUUGUCUUUUUCUUUUGUUUUCUAUUUAUGUAAUGCAGUGGAGUUUUUGCCAUAUGUGUACUUUUUUAAACUCUCUAUAAAAUCAUGCAUUGUUUGGAAAGCACUGUUGAUAAUUUCACACAUUUCUGUUGUAUAUUUAAUUUAGUCUUAAACUUUUGUACUAGGAUCGUACAAUAUGGUUGUAUCAUUUUUAUUUGCAAUUGGCUCAAAAAGGCCAUCACAAAAUGUUACAAAAAUACAAUGUUGCUUUUGUUUGAUUCGUUUGUUCUUUUUUUUUUCUUUUGGUACCGUAUUUCAUUUUUCAUGUAUUGUGCCGUUUUUCUUCUCAAGAUUCAACAUGUGAUCAGUUGAUUUGGUAACAAAAUACAGGCCUACAUAAGUGCUUUA